UUCACAUACCGGGCCCAAUUCCCCACCCCCACCCCCAGCCUGACAGCACUGCAUUGCCACCAAGGGGACAGAGGUUAAAAGGGGACAGAACUUUUCUUGCCUAUUUGAAAGGAAGGAUAUUUCAGAGGGGAAAAAAAAAACAAAGGAAAAUAACCAAAAAACAGAAGCAGGCUGUAGGUUGUGUGAAACGGUAUCGCUACAGAUAUUUUUAGAGUAGAUGUAAAACAGCCACACUACAGAAGGGUUUGAAGGGUUCAGGUUCAUUGCUUCCAUGAAAUUUCAUGAAUAUGAUUACAGUGUAUUAGCCAGCAAGAUAUUAGUGAGGCCUUUGUUUUUCAUAAAAUGGAAGACACUCAAAUAAUCCUGAUAAAAAAAAGCAAGAAAAAGUUUCCCCAAGAAACCCAAGGGGACUGGCUGGCUGGGUGACACCUGUUAGUUCCAGUGUGGUUAUGAUGUCACGGCCUCUCCCUGAAUCACUGUGACCGAAUAUGUAACAAUGAUCAGAGGCGUGUGUACCUGCCCACUACGAAGACCACCCUCAGAGCAUGUGUUAACUAACGCUCAGGACAUUUCUCCUCUGUCUCCAACUACAUUUUUGGCUCUGGACCUUUUUCGUCCCAAUGAGACAGGAAGAUGUCCCUUCAAGAACUCUCCCCAAUCUUUCCUCUGUUGGUUAUCUGCUUAGUACAGGAAAGCCUCUGCAUUUGUGAUGGGACUAUCUGGGCCAAGGUUGGAUGGGAGAUUUUUCCAGAAGAAAUGCCUUAUCUGAGAGUUCAGCCUUCUCCGUCUCACUGUCUGCCUCACCCUAUCAACAAACUAGGCUGCAAUUUUGCUAAUAAGGACAUAUUUCAGGGCUUUUUAUAUCUCAUGUAUAUUUUGGCACAAGCUAUCUUUUUAAUUCUGGCUGCUUUAUCGGUGCAUUACCUGUGGAUGAAAUGGAAGAAACACAAGAAAAAGCAGAAAAAACAAGUCUCCUUAGAUACAGCAGGUAAUGAACCAGAGAGCCAGUCCAUCAACGACAUUGACCAAUUACUCUGCAAACUGUUGGCCACAACAUCAGUGAUGACGGAGUACCUGAACCAGGCAUCCCAGCGUCCCACGGCGAAGAGCGUCAAGCACCGGAAACCAAAGAGGAAGGAUGGGCGAGGAGCGAGAGGGCACCAUAAACAACCAUGUGCGAAUGUACCUCAACCCAACGUGGAGACCACACAAGAAUUCCAUUGAGAGAACUCAUAUAAGGUU